UUUACCCCCAGUCCGACGCCCCUGUUUGGAACCACCGGAUAGCUGUAGAAAAAACUGUUAGCAGCCGUCGAAAAUCGUAGGUGGCUCGUUGUACCUAUUUUUUUUUUUUUAUGUUGUUCUGGGCUCAUUAUUUUAAGCACGAAGGGCCGUUCGGUGGCCAAAUGAGCCUUGAUUUUUAGAUGAACAGAACGACAAGCCGUUUCACCCAAAAUAAUCGGAAUGCCGAUCUCUAGUGUAUAGAGACUAUUGCUUUAUAAUCAAGCGUUGGACCUGUUGGUAGCGGAGGCGUCUUGGAUUGGAUGGCGAAACACAUUCUUGGGAAUUACUUGGUAGCGGAUAGCGAUCUGAUUGGUUCUGCAUAACAGAAUAAUAACUCAUCCACUCCUGGGUGUAACAGUGUCAAAAUGUAGUUUAACUGGAUUUCCGCAAACAUUAUGCAACUGACAGCGUUCUGAUUUCGAUGUUUCUUCCACUCUAAAGAGUUUACGAGCUUAUUGACUGACCGACAACUUCCCGUGGCCUGACUGACAAUAUUCGAAUAACUUUCAAUCGUCAUUGUUUUGAGGGGAUGAAAAGCUUAAACGUAAAUUGAUGCAUGAUUCUGCGAAGACGUUAGUAAAGAUGGGUCUCUCUACUGUCUUCAUUGUGACCCUGUUGGUCCUAUCUAUGACUGCUGUCCAUGGUGGAAAAGUCCUGGUGUUUCCACAAGACGGCAGCCACUGGGUCAACAUGAAGGUCAUUAUUGAAGAGCUGCAUUCAAGAGGUCACAGCAUGUCAGUUGUACGGUCCUCAGACAGCUGGUACAUCAAGGAAACAUCCCUUCACUACAAUUCAAUCACCGUUGAUGUUCCGGGUGGAGCUGAUGAGGAAUUCUUUCGCUCAUUUGUGUCCAGACAAAUACAGAUACAGAGAGAAGGGAAUUUCGCUUGGACUCGUUUUAGUUUGGACAUGGAGCUGAAAGACAGGUUUUCAGAAAUGCACCAUAAAGUGUGUGAGAUGGUAAUCCACAUGUUGGAGAACAGCACAUUAAUGGAGUCUAUUAGAGAAACCAAGUAUGACCUUGUUCUCACAGACCCAGCUAACGGAGGAGGCGUGGUGCUGGCGCAUUAUUUAAAUGUACCGCUUGUAUUCAAUGUUAGAUGGACAAUACACGGUGAGGCUCAUUUCGCUAUUGCUCCCUCUCCACUGUCUUAUGUUCCGUUUCCUAUUGCAGAGUUAACUGACAAGAUGAGUUUUUUUCAGAGAGUGCGCAAUGUUUUUGUUUACGUACUCCGGCAGCACCUGUAUAGACAGACAGUGGGACCACCUUAUGCCGCUUUGGUUAGUCGUUACUUUGGUCCUGAGGUAGACUAUUUCUCGCUGUUUCAAGCUGCUGAUCUAUGGCUGAUGAGAGUUGACUUUGUGUUUGAGUUCCCUCGUCCCACCAUGCCUAAUGUGAUCUAUAUGGGAGGGUUCCAGUGUAAACCCGCCAAGCCUCUUCCCCAACAACUGGAAGAGUUUGUUCAGAGUUCUGGGCAGCAUGGAGUCAUUGUCAUGUCCUUGGGUACUUUAGUUGGACAGCUUCCACAUGAUGUUGCUGAUGAGAUAGCCUUUUCUUUUGCCCAGCUGCCUCAAAAGGUAAUCUGGAGGUACAAGGGAGACAAGCCAGCUGCCCUGGGUAACAACACAUUACUGGUGGACUGGUUGCCUCAGAAUGAUCUGUUAGGACACCCUAAAACAAGGCUGUUUGUAUCUCAUGGAGGAACAAAUGGAAUCUUUGAGGCUAUCUACCACAGUAUUCCAAUAGUAGGCCUUCCUCUGGUGUUCGACCAGCAUGACAAUCUUUCUAGAAUGAAAGUAAAGGGUACAGCAAAGGUUGUGGACAUAGCAACGCUAGAUAGAAACAUAUUCUCCCAAGCUUUACAGGAAGUUCUGCAUGAGCCGUCCUACAGAAGGAACAUGCAAAGACUCUCCAAGCUACACAGGGAUGUGCCAAUGCUGCCCCUGGACAGCGCCCUCUUCUGGAUUGAGUUUAUCAUGAGACACAAAGGAGCUGCUCACCUCCGUACAGAAUCCUACAGAAUGCCCUGGUACGCCUACCACUCUGUGGAUGUCAUGGCAUUUCUGCUGGCUGUUGUGCUAAUUAUCCUUCUGGCUACUUUUGUCAUCAUCAGAUAUUUAUUUUUCUGGAUGUGCUGUCGACCAAAAAUUAAACAUGACUAAAAUUA